AUGCAUUUCAAACUCAAACUCCCCACUGCUGCCACCCUCUUCCUCGCCCUAGCGCAGACCGCCCUCUCAGUCCCCAUCUUCAGCAGCGGCAGCAUGCCCUACGGACUCAACAACUACGACGACUACAAAGCCGAAGCCGACGAGAGCCGAGUGUUCCGCGAUAUUGGUAUCACGCCGAAAGAAAUAAGAGAGAUUCAAGAGUUUGAGGAGGAGUUCGAUUUGACGCUGCUGGACGAUGUGUUGGAUAUGAUUAGUGAGAGUGCUAGGGAGCUGUAG